CACUGAGUUUGAUUGUAACCAGUUGCAUACAGAUCAAUGCCACAGUGGCUCUGACCUCUCAAUAGAUAGGCUACUUUGAAAGAGGUACUAAUAACUGUAAGACGAUUAAGAGCAGUGGAGAAAAGAAAACAAAUAUGAAGCUGUUGCUAGUUCUAGCUUUAAGUUUUAUAGUAAGUACACAUCAACAGGAUCCAAUUCAAGGUGACUGUGAACAUGAUGGAGAUCUUAGACUAGUAAACAGAAUCAGAGACAACUUUGGAGCACUACAAGUCUGUGAAUCUGAGUUUGGAUGGAGAUACGUCACUCCAUUACACUGGACACUAGCAGCUGCUAGAUUGGCCUGUAGGCAACUAAACCUUGGCUAUAAUAUUAACGCUGUAUUAGGAAGUUUGACAUUGUCAAACGAACUACGCCACAUCAGAAAAUUACGAGACGCUAAUUGUGUUGAGAAUGCACAUGCACUAUAUGAUUGCAUUGUUAGCGAAGAGAGGAAAGAAACGGUUGUAACAAUUAACUGUGUUGAUUGCAAUGAUGGAGCCAUGAGACUAGUAGGUGGGUCCACAGUCAGUGAAGGCAGACUAGAGAUAUGCCACAAUGGUCAAUGGGGGACAAUAUGCAACCAGGGAUGGACACACAGGAGAGCUGCUCAAGUGUGCAGUAGACUAGGGCUACCAACUUACUAUGCUACACUACACCAAUUCAAUGAAGGAGCUGCUUCAGUACACACAUACAACUGCACAACAAUGGACAGUGAUAUUUCUAACUGUAUCCAAGAGUUUUCUUGUACCCACUCAAUGGAUGUUGGAGUGAAGUGUCUUCCUUUCACUGAUGCUAGUACCGAAACCUCACAACCAAGUUAUGGAGCUACCACAGAGAGCAGUAUCACCCAGAGCACAGUCAUGAGUACUAGUGGGACAUUAGGAGCACUCGUUGGUCUAUUAGCAGCUGCUCUAGUGGUGGUUGUCACUGGAUGGAUUGUGUCGUGUGUUUACUUUCAGAGGAAAAUAAGCAAGAAAUGCAAAGACCACACCCAUACAACGUCUGCCUCUACGAGUGACCCCACCCUCCAACUCAAAAACCCAGCGUAUGGUGUUAGCAUCACUGUCCCACACACCACGUACAGCUCCCAUGGACCCUCCUAUGAGGUCAUUGACACUAACGAGGGAGCGGGGCACAGCUAUGAUGCCAUCAGCCAUAGGGGUGCAGCUAGACCACACCCACCUACCACACCCCAUGUGUCCAACGAGGAGUACAGUAUGCUAGACACCAGCAGAGAGAAUACACUAGAGAGCAAUACUGGAGAUGGCCAAUAUUCAAUGGUUAGACAUACUGAUCCCCAAGAUUACGAGGUUCCCGCUCCCCUCAGGGGAAAGAGUACUCUACACUGAAGCAUUGAUAGUCUACGCACUGACUUAACAAGACACACUCAGUUAUAUUCGCCUUUUUUUACAUGGAACUUUGUUAGCUAGUAGAAUGUUUGUAAUCAAAUACACAAACUGGAGUAUUAUAUGCACUGGAGAUAUUUUCAAGAUAAACCUUAUCUCUUG